AUGGCCCUGCAGCUCUCGGCAUCCGCGUCGCCGCCAGCACCGCCGAUAGGGCAGCCCGGCUGCAACACCACCUGCGGGAGCGUGAGCGUGCCGUACCCCUUCGGCUUCGGGCACACCCACUGCUACUGGCCGGGGCUCAACCUCACGUGCGACACCACCCACGGCGGCCCCCCGCGGCUGCUCCUCGGCGACGGCACCAUCCGUGUCACCGACAUCUGGGUCUCCGGCUCGGAGCCGACCCUGCGCGUCGUGCGCGAGGGCUCCCUCGUAAACUCCUCCUCAACUGCCGCCGGCGGCGGCGGCGGGUGGAGCGCCUCGUUCGGCCGCGGCUUCACGGAGCACGGCUACCUGCUGUCGUUCGACAACGAGCUCGUCGUCUUCGGGUGCAACGUCGUCGCAACGCUCCUGGCCGACGGCAUCGGGGGACCGAAUUCGAACAACACUGCUGGGAGAAUCACCGGAUGCGCCAGCCAAUGCGCCAAGAAGUUCAAUAGUGGCGGCGAAUUCUUCAUCGACACUGGGGACGUGGAGGGCGUCCCGAGCGGCGAUUGCUCCGACGGAUCCUCGGGGUGCUGCCGGUAUCCGCUCACCAUGCCCGCCCCGCCCACACAAGUGCAGGCCGUGCAGCUCUACAGCGGGAGCGACGACGCCGUGGAGGCGGCCGAGAACCAGCUGCCCGUGAACGUGUUCGUCGCCGAGAAUGGGUGGAUCGGCAACAUGUCGACGCGCGCCGACGAGGUCGGGGAGGUUCCCUUCGUGCUCAAGUGGAGCGUCACGCGCGACCUGCCGCCGGGACCGGAACUGGACGACCGGAGCCGGUGCGCCGACCACGUACGCCGCGCGCUGUGCAAGAGCAUAAACAGCUUUUGCUGGAACGCCAUCCCAGGCCCAGGCUAUACCUGCCAAUGCGAGGUUGGUUACGACGGCAACCCUUACCUCGCCGGCGCCGGCGGCUGCAAAGAUAUCAACGAGUGCGACUUCUCGAGUGAAGAGAAUGGGUGCUUCGGUGAAUGCAUCAACACGAUCGGCUCAAUGUACUGCCGGUGCCCGCAUGGAACCUAUGGCAACCCCGGCGUCAAAGGUGGCUGUGCCAAGGUCAACCCCACUACAGGUCACUUAUCCAUUGUUUUGUCUAAGUUCAUCAAGAAAAACAAAAUUGCUUUGUCAGCUGCCAGUGGCCCGGUGCUCCUUCUCUUGGGUCUUGGCAUAAUGUUAAUACCCCGUAAGAUUGAACAACACAAGAUGAAAGUGCUGAAGCAAAAGUAUUUCAAGCAAAACCGCGGACAAUUGUUGCAGCAGUUGAUGUCGCAAAGAGCGGAUAUUGCCGAGAGGAUGAUCAUACCAUUGGAUGAGCUUGCAAAGGCGACAAACAAUUUCGACAAAGCUCGUGAACUUGGUGGUGGAGGACAUGGUACUGUUUACAAAGGAAUUUUAUCGGAUUUGCAUGUUGUAGCCAUCAAGAAGUCAAAGAUUACAGUCCAAAAAGAAAUAAAUGAGUUCAUAAAUGAGAUGGCAAUUCUCUCACAAGUCAAUCACAAGAAUGUGGUCAAACUCUUUGGUUGUUGCUUGGAGACUGAGGUGCCAUUGUUGGUUUAUGAGUUUAUUUCCAACGGAACCCUUUAUCACCAUCUUCAUGUUGAUGGGCCAAGGUCACUAUCAUGGGGCAACAGGUUAAGGAUCGCCACAGAAAUAGCUACUGCUCUUGCCUAUCUUCACUCGGCAGUUUCAAUCCCAAUAAUCCAUAGGGACAUCAAGUCCACUAACAUACUUCUUGAUGAUACCUUGACAGCAAAGGUAUCAGACUUUGGAGCUUCAAGGUACAUUCCUAUUGACAAAACAGGGUUGACAACAAGGGUUCAAGGGACAAUAGGAUACUUGGAUCCAUUGUACUUUCAGACCAAUCGACUCACUGAGAAAAGUGAUGCCUACAGUUUUGGAGUAAUUCUUGUAGAGCUCCUUACUAGAAAGAAGCCAUCUUCAUAUCUGUCACCUGAAGGUGAUGGCCUGGUUUCUCAUUUUCUAGACCUACAUGCCGAGAGAAAUCUUGUCGAGAUAAUAGAUCCACAAGUUAUAGAGGAGGGAGGCGAAGAAGUCCAAGAAGUUGCUGCGCUUGCAGCUUCAUGUAUAAACUUAUUAAGAGGUGACGAAAGGCCAACAAUGCGACAAGUGGAACAUACACUAGAGGGCCUUCGAGGUUCCAAGAUGCGUAAGAAUCAUGGUAUGGUAGCAGCAGAUUUGGAGAAUGAUAGCAUCGAGUUUAGAGCUUCGUCAUCAACAAAACAAGGACAAGGAUUUGAGGAAUCAAGCAGAAGAUACAGUUUGGAGCAGGAGAUGAUGAUGUCUGCAAGAUACCCUAGGUAG